AUGUCUGCGCAUAAACGGCCUGCUGGCGAGGACCCUUGGCGGACAAAUUCGCCACAUGGCCUGGAAGGCGACAGUGAAGACGAGUACGUUGAGGAGACAGCCCAGCCCACCAGCGAAAUCGAGGGCCUCUACCUCGACACAGUCAGCCGGGCCAACCUUGACUUUGACUUUGAGAAGCUGUGCUCAGUGUCUCUGUCAAACAACAAUGUGUAUGCGUGUCUCGUCUGCGGCAAAUACUACCAGGGGCGUGGCAAACAGACGCACGCAUACUUCCACAGCAUCAACGACGACCACCACGUAUUCAUCAACCUGAAGACGCUCAAGGUAUACGUUCUACCAGACAAUUACGAGGUCAAGGACCGGUCACUGAACGACAUCAAAGCCAAUGUGCAGCCGCAGUUCACAAAAGAGCUGGUGAGCAAACUGGACACGGUCAGCGAGUGCGGGUACGAUCUCGGCGGCAAAAAGUUCGUGGUUGGGUUCACGGGUCUGAACAAGAUAAAGUGCAAUGACUACAUGAACGUUGUUGUGCAGGCUCUGGCCCAUGUGCCGCCGAUCCGCAACGCGCUGCUGCUGAUGGAGGAUCUGGAUGCAAAGCCGGAACUGGUGCAGCGCAUGGCCGGCCUGGUGCGCAAGAUGUGGCAUGCGCGGCCGUUCAAAUCGCAUACAAGCCCGCAUGAAUUCGUCCAGGAGGUUGUUACGCGGUCAAAGAAGCGCUUCAGGCUGGAUGCGCAGGGCGACGCAUUCGAGUUUCUGAUGUGGCUGCUCAACACGCUGCAUAUGGAUCUGGGUGGAUCGAAGAAACGCGGCAGCAGCGUAGUCUACAGCACAUUCCAGGGCGAAGUCGAGGUCGAGACGCAGCUGAUGGACAAUGAAACACAAAUGAGCAAGAGCGAGGCCAAUACAGCAGCCCUGGAUGCGUCCAAAGAAGUGCAGCGCAUCAAAGUGCCGUUUCUGACGCUUUCCCUUGAGCUACCGCCCAAGCCAUUGUUUACUGGCGACGACGACGACAGUCGGGUCAACAUCCCGCAGAUCGCGCUAACCACGCUUUUGCACCGCUACGACGGCUCAACCGUGGUGGAGCUCAAUGGGUCGGCAAGGCGCUACCAGCUGCGGAGGUUGCCCAACUACAUUAUUUGCCAUGUAAAGCGGUUCUCGAAAAACGAGUUCACAGUGGAAAAGAACCCGACUGUGGUGAACUUCCCUAUCCGCAAUGUCUCGUUUGGCGACCUGCUGCCUGCCGAUGCGCAGGCGCGGCUAAAGGCAAAGGGGCAAGCGGGAACAUACGACCUGAUUGCCAAUAUUUGCCAUGACGGACAGCCGGCAGCGUCGGGCAGCGGGCCAGUGCCGCAGCACCCGAGCGUAGGGGGCUCGGGUAGUGAUGAUGCGGUCCUGGCAGAGAGCCAGUACUUGGUGUACUUGCGGCAUGCGGCGACCGACCAGUGGUACCAGUCGCGCGACCUGCAGAUGGAGCGGAUCAUGCCGCAGAUGAUCUUUUUGUCAGACACGUACAUCCAGAUAUGGCAGCGAAAUGGCAUCUAG